AUGGGCAAGACUAACAAUAUAUCCCUGGACACUGUGGUGACAGAUUUCAUUCUCCUGGAUUUGUCUCUCCCCCCAAAGCUGAGGAUCCUCCUCUUCCUGAUCUUCGUCAUCAUUUACAUCCUGACUCAACUGGGGAACCUGCUCAUUCUGCUCACCGUGUGGGCUCACCCAAAGCUCCAUGCACGCCCCAUGUACAUCCUUCUGGGCGUGCUCUCAUUCCUGGACAUGUGGCUCUCCUCAGUCAUUGUCCCUCGUAUUAUUCUAAACUUCACUCCUGCCAGCAAGGCUAUCCCAUUUGGUGGCUGUACGGCUCAGCUAUAUGACUUUCACUUCCUGGGUAGCACCCAGUGCUUCCUCUACACUUUGAUGGCCUAGGACAGGUACCUGGCAAUAUGCCAGCCCCUGAACUACCCUGUGCUCAUGAAUGGGAGAUUAUGCACUAUCCUUGUGGCUGGAGCUUGGGUAGCUGACUCCAUCCAUGGGUCUAUCCAGGCCACCCUGACCUUCCAUCUGCCCUACUGUGGGCCCAACGAGGUGGAUUACUUUUUCUGUGACAUCCCAGCAGUGUUGAGACUGGCCUUUGCUGACACAACUAUCAACCAGCUCGUGACCUUUGUGGACAUUGGAGUAGUGGCCGCUAGCUGCUUUAUGUUAAUUCUGCUCUCCUAUGCCAACAGAGUCCAUGCCAUCCUGAAGAUACACACCGCCGAUGGGCGGCGCAGGGCCUUCUCCACGUGUGGCUCCCACCUAACUGUGGUCACUGUCUACUAUGUACCCUGUAUUUUCAUCUGCCUCAGGCCUGGCUCCAAGGGUCCCCUGGAUGGAGCAGUGGUUGUGUUUUACGCUGUUGUCACUCCAUUACUGAACCUUAUCUAUACUCUGAGGAACCAGGAUGUGAAGUCUGCUCUGAAGAGGCUAACAGCAGGUCAAGGAGCUGCAAAUGAAAAUAAGUAA